UUAAUCUUACUACGUCUGCGAUUUUUUAUCUUACUACGUCUACGUCUGCUUAUACGCCUGUGAAAACCAACCUUCAGCGACUCUCUUUGAAAGACCUACUUAAUCAACAUCGGUAGCACUCUCAGUGUGUUUUAGCUGGGUCUUUUUAAAAGGCCAUCAUAAGUUAAUAAACCAAGGCUAUCUAAUGAACAUGAACUCUAAAAUCGAAUUAAACGCCAGCGAUCAUUUCAUUUGCUGUAUUUCAAAAGAAGACCUGUGCGAGAAAAAAAAUUAAACAAGAUAAACAGUAAAAUUUAUUCAGAAUUGACCAAAAAAGAUCUAUAUAGUGGGCCAAAUCUUGCCUUUUUUAUUGAUAUUUAUUUUUUUUACAGUAUUUACAUACUAGCAGGUGACUUACUGUAUACUGCGAACUUGCGCACCGCAUUUAUAAUUGCUUUCAAAGAAGUCACGUUUUGAAGCCGAAGUGUAUGUGGAUGUCUUGUUUAAAUAUUCAUUUUCAGUUUCAGCGCCGCAAUGUUUGAUUAGUCAGCUUCCAUCAGGAGUCUAACCGUAAUCGUUUUUGUAUCUUUUCACCGAGUCAUUUACUUCCAUCCCCACAGGAGCUUUGGCAGAAAGUCGUUAGCUUUUGAAGAUUUACGGUUCUUUACGAUUUUAAAUUGGUCGUAAAGUCCGCCGGAACCGAAUGAUAAAUGAUACAUUGGAAGCGAAAUCCAACGCAAACGCCGACGCCAAACAUGUGUGGAUGAGGACCCACCGUAACAAACCAUUGUGAUCAGUUUGAACUUUUAAAAAGCGACUCAGUAUGAACCGCUCAGGUAAUGUAACAUUCGAGAAGGAUCAAACUUCUGGCACCGCAGCCGUCGUUGUGAUACAAAGCGUUUUCCUUGCCAUGGUGAUGGCAGUUGGCGCAAUCGCUAACAGUUUUAUUUGCCGUUGUAUACUCUCUCAUCGUUCUUUGCGCACAAUCACCAACUCGUUUAUAUUAAACCUGGCUGCUACGGAUUUCUUGCUGUCGGUACUCUGUAUGCCUUUCGCGCUUGUGUCAGCUAUCACUGGAAUAUGGGUAUUUGGCAGUGUUAUGUGCGUCCUCACAGGUUUUCUGCUCUCCGUGCUCUGUAUAACGUCUAUUUUAACUUUGGCUCUGGUCGCGAUCGAUCGCUACCUGGCAAUCUGCCGCCCUCUUAAAUACUGUACACUAAUAACGCAGCGAACAAGCCUGGCAAUGAUUCUGUACGUUUGGAUACAAGCUGCAGUUUGCGCAAUAAUGCCGGUUCUUGGUUGGGGAGAAGGUUACGUUUUUGUAGCAGAGGAAUCCAUUUGCCGGCCUUCGUUUGGUAAACCUUCAGUGGACAAUGGGUACACAAUUUUUCUGUUUCUCACUUGCUUCGUUGCGCCCUUUUCGGUUAUCGCUUUUACGUACGUUUCUAUCUUAAGCACAGCGAGUAGGCAGUUUCGUCGAGUACACCGUCAGAAACGCAACCAGGUGGGAAACAUGGAACAAGUGCAGCCCAGCAACUCGCAGUUCAACUGUGAAACCACCUUCGUUCGCACGCCUGAAAAUACGGUUAUCGCGGACGAAAUAACCUCUGCUACAAACACCUCUCGCGCUAAGAAGCUUUACGCCCCGGGAGCGAUCCGCAGCAAACGCCGACAAAAAGCGCGAGGGUUUAAAAUGCUCUGGAUCAUUGUGGUGGUAUUUCUGAUCUGUUGGAGUCCUUAUUUCGUUAUGAUUUUUUACAGUUCGCUAAGACAGCAUAGUUUCCCGAAGGCAGUCAAAGUGCCAACGAUGCUGUUAACUUUUCUGAACAGCGCUCUCAAUCCCUUCUUGUAUGGGUUUUUGAACGGCAAGUUCCGCGGUAGCAUGCGGACGUUUCUCUGGCAAAACUUUACUCUCUGCAAGUGUGGGAAACAAAACGUUCAAGAAUCACGAGUAUAUCACAUAACUCACAUUAAUUAGAAAAAACUUUUGCUCUCUUUUACGUACAGAAAAGCAGGUUUUAGGGCUCGCAAUGAACUUCUCCAACUGAUGGUUUAUUCUACGGGAAGCUUGGAAGCAACAAAAAUAUUCACUUUCGGUUUUUUAUUGUGUGUCGUUUCCUAUAAUUGAGGAAGCAAAAUGGAUGGUUGUCUAUGCUCAGAAAAACUGCGUUUUUAAUUGAUUUUUUUUCUAGGCAGUCAUUCAACGUUUGCAUUUGACCAACUUAAUUAAAAAAAAACCAAACAUACUUUUUUAGUCUUAUUACAAACAAAGGCAAAAAAUCAGACCCACCAAUCUUUAUGAAUACAAAUUGUCUAAUUUCACUGAAAAAUAAAGAUCUUAUCUGCGAGAAACCUUAA